CCAAACUUAUCUAAAAUCGAUAUCAGCACCUUGAGGAUGAAUCGAAAGGAUCUCGGCACAGCCCAAAAGGAGGACAAGACCUUAGAGUCUUGCUGGAACAAAGUAGGUCAACCCUUCCACGGGAAAAGGUCGACGUCCUACUCAUUCGAAGUAGAAAAGGGAGUGCUAUAUCGUUAUUACCGGCCGCCCUCAGGCAAAGUCACCCAACAGGUGGUAGUGCCGCAAAGACUACGUAGCCAAGUGCUCACUUUAGCGCACGAGAGUCUCAUGUCGGGGCACCAAGGAAUGAAGAGAACGACCGAUCGCGUUCUAGAGUCAUUCUAUUGGCCGGGAGUCCAAGAGGCCGUCAGAAGAUACGUACGCUCCUGCGACACAUGCCAGCGGACGUACCCUAAGAGCAAGGUGGGCAAGGCACCUCUUGGGCGGAUGCCUUUAAUCGACACACCAUUUGAAAGAGUAGCCGUGGACAUUAUCGGACCCUUAAAGCCCGUAUCAACGAAGGGUAACCGAUAUAUACUGACUUUGGUGGAUUUCGCCACCCGUUAUCCAGACGCAAUACCUCUACCGUCGAUCGAUUCGGCUACGGUGGCCGAGGGAUUGAUAGAGAUGUUUUCUCGCAUUGGGUUUCCGCACCAGAUACUGUGCGAUCAGGCCUCGUGCUUCACAUCAGAUUUAAUGAAGGAGGUGAAUGACUUGCUGGCUAUCAAACAUCUUAGUUCGACGCCUUACCACCCCAUCUGUAACGGGCUUGUGGAGAGGUUUAAUGGCACACUGAAACAAAUGUUACGCAAACUAAGCCAAGAGGAACCAAAAUCAUGGGAUCGGUUACUAGCACCCCUCCUAUUUGCGUAUCGGGAAGUGCCUCAAGCCAGCAUGGGAUUUUCUCCUUUCGAGUUGAUCUACGGUCGACACGUCCGAGGCCCGCUCAGUCUACUUAAGGAGUUGUGGACCGGAGACCACCUUUGCGAAGAGGUCAAGACAACAUAUGGGUAUGUCUUAGACCUUAGAGAUCGCCUGGAAAAGACAUUACGGUUGGCGCAAGAGAACCUGUCGCGAGCUAAAACGAGCCAAAAGAAAUACUACGACCGCGGGAGCAGGACUCGUCAUCUGAAAGUUGGAGACCGUGCCCUUAUCCUGCUUCCCACGACGGAGAACAAACUACUGAUGCAUUGGAAGGGGCCUUUCCUGGUCACAGGAAAGAAAGGCAACUUUGACUACUGGCUGGACAUGGGACAUACCACCAAGCUGUUCCACAUCAACAUGCUCAAACGCUAUGAAGAGCGCCAACCAGAAAUGUCCCCACAGUCCGCAUCAUUUGUCGUAGUGGAGGAGGAGGAGGAGACGGACGCGCCUGUACCCGUCUUCAAAGCCAAUGAAGGCUGUGGUACAGAAGCGAUAAAGGUGGGCGAUGAGCUCAUGGAAAGCCAACGUGAGGAGCUACGCGGACUUCUAACCCACCACAAAGACGUCUUUUCCGAAGUGCCCGGAAAAACUAACUUAUUGGAGUGUCGUCUUCAAUUAACAACCUCUGAACCUAUCAACACUCCGCAAUAUCCACUACCCUUCGCAAUGAAGGAAGUAGUCGAGAAAGAAGUGCAAGAUAUGUUGCAGCUUGGGGUGAUUGAACGGUCCGACUCUCCUUAUAAUUCGCCCUUGGUGCUGGUAAAGAAGCCCGACAAGAGCUACCGUGCUUGCAUUGAUUUCCGUCGCAUCAAUGACGUCUUGGUUUCAGACGCAGAACCGAUACCAAGGACAGACGUGAUGUUCGCUGAGGUCGGCACAAGAAGAUUCUUCUCCAAAUUUGACCUUACUAAAGGAUAUUGGCAGGUCCCACUUGACAAAGGUUCACGUCUGAAAACAGCAUUUUCCACUCAGUCCGGACACUACCAUUUCCUCUAUAUGCCGUUCGGGAUCAAGACAGCGUCUGCGGUGUUUACUCGACUAAUGAGAAUUCUCCUCCAGGGCAUUCCAAAUGUAGUCCACUACAUUGAUGACGUCCUCAUCGCUACCAUGACCUGGAGGGAACACAUAGAAACCCUCCAUUGCCUGUUAAACAGGGUCCGAGAAGCUGGAUUGACAAUCAAGCCUCAGAAGUGUGAGGUUGGCGUAAGAUCGAUAGUUUUCCUGGGACAUCAACUCGGAGGUGGGACAAUUCAGCCGAUAGAGAGCACAAUUGCGAAGAUUGCAAGAGCUCCACGACCCGAGACUAAGAAACAACUACGUUCGUUUCUCGGAUUGGCAGGAUACUACCGGGAUCUAAUUCCUCACUACGCAGAGAAGGCGCAGCCGCUAACGGAAAUGACCAAGAAAAUGGAAAAGAACAAGGUCUCUUGGAACGCCGAAAGAGAAGCCGCCUUUGAAACGCUCAAACAGGCGCUAGCGUCCGGACCCAUAGUGAAGGCUCCAGAUCUUAAACGCGGGUUUAUACUCCGCAGUGACGCCUCCGACACUUGCAUCGGCGCAGUCCUUAUGCAGGAACACAAUCAAGUUUUGCACCCCGUAUCAUAUGCUAGCCGUCAGCUAUUGCCUCGAGAGCAAAACUACUCAGCAAUUGAGCGCGAGUGCUUGGCAUUAGUUUGGGCUAUAGAAAGGUUCCACAUAUUUUUAUACGGAACACACUUUAUAGUUCAAACUGAUCACCAACCAUUGCAAUAUUUGUCACGAGCAAAGCACCUUAAUAGCAGGGUAUUGCGAUGGAGUCUAGCUCUACAAGAAUAUACCUUUCAUGUAGAACAUAUCAAGGGAUCCGAAAAUGUUGGGGCGGAUUACAUGAGUAGAAUACAGGGGGGUCUACAACCCGACCCCUCUUGAUCUUGCAGUUACUCAAGCAAGGUCGUAUCAUCGCAGUACCAUGCUAUUAAUCUUUAAUGUCACAUUUUUUUUUGUUGUGCUUUGUCUGAAUCAGUGUUAUUUUUUUUCCUUUAUGUGUAAAUGUGUUUGUUACGUGAACUAUGCCAUAAAUAGUGCAAACUCGUGAACGGACAAUAACUGUGGUGUUCCGAGCAUACGGGAAAUGUGUCCCGCACUAAGCGGCAGUUUUCCCUCAGAAAACUUUAUAAAAAAGGGGCUUAUGUGAUGUGUGGUGCGCGACACGGUGCAGUGGUGCGCGACGGUGGUGCGCGACGGUGAUAUUUGUAGUGUGCGACAAGGUGCGGUGGUUGGAGACAAGGAGCAGACGACAAGGAGAGCGCGCGCCGAGGCGAAUUUGGAAAACGACGACACCGAAGACCGCCCGGCGCGUGAACACGCGGCACAAAGAAACAAAGAAACAAACGAAGCGCCAUCCAAUUGGAAAGAACCACGGCGCUCACGGGGGCCAAUGACCGAUGCCCACGGAGCCCGAAGGUGACCAAUCCGAAAGGGACACACGGGCCAGAGGGAAGAAAAACGAGGCACCGCGCUGGCAGUAGGGGGAGGAGUUCCAGAAGCGGCACCAGGACAAGGUCGGCCACCGGAUCGGGAGUUGAAGACGGCCGUCGGGUUCCGGACCCGAGCCACCAGGACUUCACCCGGCCGGGGCCUCCUGCCAACCCGUUCCUGGGCGCCGCCACUCCAUCCGUUUGAGAACUGCUGCCUGAGGCCGGUGAGCGUCUGCGCCCGUGGGCAGAACGAGAGUUG